AUGGGACGUGCCGGAGCCAUGUGUGACGGUGUGGUCCCGGUGAUUGUGCUUGUCCUGCUGCUGGCCACUGUGGCUGUCUGGUGGGCCGUUGGCCACUGGCAACCACGGAGGCGGCAGACAAGGACAGCGAAGAGGCGCAAGCGCCCCGGGGUGCAGCCCAGAGGCUCACGGAGGAAGCGAGGAGCCCCUGCGGCUCCCAGGUCCUCCAGGCCUCGGGCGACCCCUCGCAAGCGGCCACGUGCUCCCGCGAGCCCCCUGCACAGCCCCUGCAGCUGCGGCCCCUGCGUGGCCGUGGCCCAGGAGCUGCAGGAACUGAUGCUGCUGCUCUGGGCUCGCAAUGGGACAUGGGUGCCGCUCUACUCUGGGAUGUGGCAGGCGUUGUGGAAAGAACUGGAGGAGCUGCUGAAGCGAGGCCACCUGCCCUGCUGUGGCUCGUCCAGCUCCUCCAGGAGCCUCCAUCCCUUCAAGAGGCUGCUCCCAGCAAGAUUCUCCAUCCCUGGGAGAGCCUCAAGCCUUGCAAGGACGGCACACCAUCAGAGACCCGCCACCCAGGCAAGAAGCUCAGGCUGUCAGCGAUCCUCCAUCCUGCCAGGAGCGUCCGCUAUCUCUGACAGCCUCCAUCCCCCGCAGACGCUCAGUGAGACCUGUCGGCCUGCAGAAGGUGCAGAGCCUGUGCACAGGUCUCCCAGCUCCCUUGGACUCAGGGACUUCAACAACACGGGCGCAACCCUGACAACUGACGUUGCCACGGAAAGCCCAGGGGUCCAAGUGGGAGCCCAGCCCGAUCCAGGGGAGCCUUCUCAGGAGCAGGUGGCGGAGCAGCGAGUGAGCUGGAGCCAGCAGUUGCCGGCCCACAGCUCCCAGGACGCUGUGCCGGCUGUGCCAGCUGGCAACAGCCCGUGCCUGGUGGCGGAGACGACCCUCAAGACACCCAGGAGGUCCCUCCAUCUCCAGGAAGCUGCUCCGAGACGGCCACCGACUACCAGGAAGGCCUUUCUGGUAGCAGCUGCUCCUGACACCCCCCUGUGCGAGUCCUCGGGCUGUAGCCCCGGCCGUCCUCAACAGCAGAGUCCAGCCCACGACGCCGGGGACAGCGACGGUGCCGCCCUGCCCCGCUGCCCUCCGGCUCCUGCAGCCGCCUCUGCGCGCUCCCCUGCCCCAGCUCUGCCGCUCGCCAGCCCGACGGCCGCAAGGCGGUGGCCGCUGCCCGGCGCGCAGCAGGAAGCAGGGCAAAAGAAGAAGCUGCAGGAGCUGUACCAGCUGGGCCCGCAGCUGGGCAGCGGUGGCUUCGGCACCGUUUUCUCGGGCAUCCGCCUCUCGGACGGGAGCCCGGUGGCCAUCAAACGCGUGGCCCGGGAGAGCGUCCUGCAGUGGUACGAGCUGCCCGACGGCACCCGUGUUCCCAUGGAGAUUGUGCUGAUGGAGAAGGUGGGCUCUGGCUGCCACAACAUCAUCCAGCUCCUCGACUGGUUUGAGCUGCCUGACAGCUUCCUGCUGGUGAUGGAGCGUCCGGAGUCAUCGCAGGAUCUCCUGGCCUUCCUGCUGGAGCAGGGGUUCCUUUCUCCAAGAGCCAUGGCACGUUUCCUCCAGGAGCAGGAGGCCCCCAUGUCCUCCACAGCCCUGGGACACCUCAGGCCCUUCCCUGCUCUGCCCAGGCCCAGAGCCAUCGAGAGCUGGCGGUCUCCGGUCACCCCAUGCCGGGGUUAUCCCCAUUUCUUCGCGGGGUGA